AUGUGGCGCUGCGUGCUGUGUGUGUCGCUGGCCUGCUGCCUCGCACUCGACUCCAACACCAUCAGGUCCUCCAAGGAGACGGAGGAGAAGCCACCGCAGCAGGUUCGUUACCGUGGAAACCCAGCCGAGCGUGGUGCACGGCACCGAACGGAAACCACAAUCAAUUCCCAUCAGGGCCCGACGGCGUGCAGCGCACCUGACUGCUACACACCUGUGAGGGGGGGCUGCAGUAACAGGUCCCAGAGGAGGGGGUCGUCUCAGGACCGGCAGACAGACAGGCAGAGGGAGAGAGAGACAGACAGACAGCGAGACGACGGCGGCUUCAACAGGACGAAGGCUCCGGAGAUGGCGAGCUGCGUGCGCUCAGGUGACUGUGGGGCGGGGCUUUGCUGCGUGCGCUACCUGACGGGGAAGCGCUGUCAGAGGAUCCCGGUGGCGGGCGAGGCCUGUCUGCUGCGAGGGCCCGCCAAGCUGCGACGCAACCUGGAGCGCUGCGACUGCGGCCCGGGACUGUCCUGCCGGGCGGAGCCCACCAAGGCCAAGGGCCAGGGGGUGUGCGUGCCCCGCCCGAGGCAGGGCCAGAGGAACACAAGGCAUUCUGGGAAGAAGAGGAGGACGGCGGAGAGAGGCUGCUGACAGUCAUGCAGCUUGUGCACGCAGUAAAGCCACGCCUCACUUCCUUAGCACUGUCAGCUGCAGAAUCCAUCCAAUCACAUAAGACCGCCAGGUGGUGUGACCCCGCCCCCCUGCGGCGGCCAUGUUGGAGGUCUUCAGCUGUGUUUCUGCAGGCCUCAGCAGAGG